AUGGAAGACCAACUUGUCAAUGAAGACGUGUCAAAAGAGCCAGACGAACAACCCAACGGACACUUCGCUCAGGGAGAAUCUCAGCCGCUGCACCGCAAGCACGUGAACAGCGACAGCUCCGAAAUACGGGAGGUGGCCAGCCAGUUUGUGAGCGACCUCAUCUACAGAGCCAAGGAGGUCGCCCAGAGGCAGCAGUCCUGCAUCGAGGAGGAGGAGGAAGAGGAGGAGGACAUGCCGCCCCCGCGGAGGAUACCCGACCUCAGCGCGGGACCUGCCAAGACGCCGCCCGAGAUCCAGAUCGACCUGGUGGGCUCUCGGACGCCGAGCCCAGAGGAGGAGGUGACAUACAUCGCGCCGGAGCCCAACUUCAAGAAGAAGAAGGUGAUUCUGCAGGACGACCACUCUUCGGAGGACAGCGAAAGCGCCAGUGAAGCGAGCCUGGACGUCCUCCCACGCAGAAAGCAGGGAAACGACUGUCGAGAUAUAGCCGACCUGAAGAACGAUCCUGAACUGCGGGAUUUUGCAGUCGCAUACAUCAAGGGCAUCCUCGAACAAGCUGCACUACUUGCUCAAGAGAGGGCUCCUGGCAGGGCGGAAGAACUUAUUUCAGAAAAUUCAGCUCUGAAAAAAGCAGCUGGACCCUGGUACUCUCGAAUUCGGGCGGCUGUCACUCGCUGCCUCAGGACGGGAUGCUUCUGCGUCGUUCGACGCCAACCUUCGUCUUGAACGGGACGCUUGCACGUGAAGCACCCGCGUCUAUCGGUGUUCUCGACUGCUGCUUCCAGCCAGCACUUCUCCUUGUUCAAUUUAGUUUUUACCCCAUGGAUUGGCUCCCCUUCCCCUGGGGUAGGCCAGUAUCUGAAACCGGAAUAUGGACUGAAGAUAUUACAUAUUGGACACCUUCAAACGUCCCAUUGCUCAGGGCAAAUCAAAGCUCCAUGUUUCUUUUAUAUGACCCCAAAGGAUUGCUUCGAGGGGUUUCUGUAUGCUUAGUUUGGCUCAAGAUGUGGCACUUUUCUUUGUUGAGUAUUAGAAAUUUCGCUGGGGCAGUAUGGCUACAGACCUAGGAUCAAUUGUGUGUGUCACACCGUUAUCCAAACCAAAAACCAUAAAAACUGGCCGUUAAUAUGAGUGUUCUAAAAUGGGCUGUUUGUGCAUGGGAUGAUCAAUUUGUUGUUUCUUUGUGCAGCAGCGACAGAGGCCAUAGUGCAUCAAGAACAGUGCAUAUGGGACGUUAGCUUUUUUAUGAAAUUCAUUAAAGUGCCUUUGUUAACCUUACAAAAGAAGACAAGAGCAUAUAAAAUGUGUGACACUAAUUGAAUACUGUAAAAUUCGAGGGAUACCAAAAUGCUGCCCCAGUUUAAUUGGGGUUCCUCUUAGUCGACCAUAUAGUAGUUUAUUUGGAACGUAGUAUGAAUUAACUACCAAAAUGUUUGUCAUAUUUUAGAUAAUGAUGAAGAAAUCUGUUCAAGAUAGACAUUUUGAAUGUUGCCACUAAACAUCUUACUAUCUUCAAUUAAUCCUGACAUUUCAUGGUAUUCAGAAACUUCCCUUCUUAAAAUUGAAUGAAUUAUACUUAUGUUUUCUUAUUCUUAUCAAUUGAGCUAUCCUUUGACAAAAACUGGGUGACAGCACAUGGUGUGUUCUUAUCUUUUUCUUGUUAUCAGCAGUCCUAUGCAAGCAGAGUUGAUUAUCUUUUUUUACCUUGUUUGUAACAUUUAGUUAUCACAGUUGAUGUGUGACAUUAGGAAGAUUGUUUCUAAAAGCAGUGCCAGAAAAUGACGACAAAAAAUUAGAUGAAGCAGUUUUCUGUACAAACAUAAAGGAGAAACAAGACUAUGCAAUAAGUCCGGAUGAGAUUGAGCUACCCAGCAAAAUGUCAUGCUACAAGCACGCUUUGUGCAUAGUCACUGGAACUCUGAAAGUACCAUAGUCAUCGGGGGCGGGGGCGUGCAGGCAACUUUGUGCGAUGGAGGCCAUAUUUGGUCCAUCGUGGCCAGUACUCCUAGCUAGGAAGUUGCAAACAUUGGACAGGCUGACAUUCUUAAAAACAGCGCGUUGUUUAUCUUUGUGCCAAAAAUGAAGAGUACCGCUAUUGCAUUACAAAUCAGUCAACCGACCCAGUUUUUUGUUUGGUAAACGAACACUGCACUCACACCGAAGAAGCCAGUUAAAUAUGUUGUCAAAGUGCAUAUACACAGCAAGAUUCUUCAGCCUAUAUUCAAGUUAACCUUUUUCCAGGAGGAUAUUUAUGUAAUAAUCAGAGAAGGGCAAAAAAUAUUCAGUUUGUCAGUCUGCCUACCGUCGUGUGCCCAGACUGGAGACUUGUUGAAUGUGUGCAUAAACACUAUGCCGUUGUUUUUUGUUCUCUAGCACUGUGCAGAAGUAAAGGAAAUCUAAUGUAUUGUAACACUGAACUAGUGGUAAGCUAUGAAGGUUAUUUAUACAAUUAUUAUAUGCCUAAUUUUGAUGGAAGAAAAGCAACAGAGCUGGCACUUGCUUUCUAGAAGUAGGCGAUUGUCAAAUUGAGGUGCUACUCAAAAUAAAAGUAUGUAAAACCCAGAGCUACAGAUAAAGUGCAUCAGACACUUGAGACUUAGUAAUUUAUUUUACAGAACUUAUGCAACAACUACUCGAGCGCCUAUGCUUUAUGAGCCACAUUUUUAUCUUUCCUGGACUUCUUUUAGCAUCACUUUCCCCUUUUUAUUGUCUUUCAAGGUAAACAUUAGUUUACAGAGUCAAACCUCACAGAGAAACUUGCAGGAAGUUGCACAACACAUUUCGCUUUCUUUAUGAUGGAAAGCUGAAAUGACUCAACGUCAUUUCAACGUCUGUAAGCUUCCCAUUUCAUCUGAAGAAUUCGUAAUGGGUUGUGACAAGAAAAAAAGAGAUACUGUUUUCUUUCACUGUCAAAAGUUGUCCAUACCAUGUAGCUAUUGUCUCAUCAGCGCCGGGCUGGCAUUGGCACAGAACAGAAAUGUGCCCAACAGGUGGAUGUGACAAGCCUGCAAAACGAUUUUCUCCCACACUGUCGCUCGUGGGAAGAUAUAAUAUGACGACAAGAUGUUUUGGCGGCGCCCUCUUGUGGUCCCUGCCUGUGACGUCAUGACCAAAACGAUCAGUUGCUAAGGAAAAGUUUGAGGGUGUAUGCAAAAAAACACGGUGGAAGCCACUCAUCGCGCUCUUAAACCAACACCGUCAAAGUAGACAGUCUGGCAUUCCCCUUAGUUAAUUAAGGCUGAAUUGAUCCAACUAAAGAAGUCACAAUAUAGUGUUCGGUCGAUCGUGGAAGGCUGACCAAGGCUACACCUUUGGUCCCACACAUUACAGCAUGGCCGCUUGUCACUUCUUUCCGCAAUUGAGUUGCAAUGAGGGCCUUUGUUGAGCUUCUUUGAUUGCUGCAGCGAAGAGCACGACUGGCAUUCUUUGGAGUAUUGUAGAUAACGGCAUUAAAAAACGGAACGCAUGGCCGUAGCCAUGACGUGCGUGACAGCGAAGGGAAGGGCACUUUCGGAGUUCCGGCGAUUUUAUCUUUGUGUGGAGUUUCUGGGCAGCUUCAAGGGUACCACUGCACAAACAUAUGUUGCCCAUUCACCAGUAUUUUUGCCAGCUAUAAAGUUGUAGUGGCAAGCUUUUCUCAGAUCAUUGCUUGUGAAACAGUCUUAGAAAAAUAUGUAUGCUUAUAACAUGACAAAAAAAAAUACUAAAAGCCGGCAAAAUGCAUACUGUCUUCUAUGAUGAUGUGUAAAGUAAGAUUUCAAUCUGUAGCAAGCACAUAAGCGCUCAGCAACAACAAGGUUGUGCCGUGACGAUGCUGAAAUAGGUAAAUUAUCGUAAAACUCCAAGCUAUGUUUGUUUAUUUUUUUUUUUUUUUUUGUGUAAGUGUGAUUACUUGUCUUCUUUUUCUCUGUGUCGCCUUGAAAUAUGUCAAACAUUUCAAUGUGCUUUUUGGUCGUGUUCCCCAAACACCGACCCACGUGACUUCAUCCUUACAAUUCGGCUCUCUGCAUGCGAGCCGUACACAGAAAUUAAUAUAUGUAUUCUGCACGUACGUGUUGACUCUUGGGCAGGGGAUCGAACAGUGAACCUUCCGACUGUGUACUUCAACUGCGGCAAAUUACCCGUUUUAAUUUAGAGCAACAGGUUUCAAUCCCGUGAGGGAAACAAAAUUGGGUCACCCGACCAAAGCACCACUCCGAGCAAUGGGCCGUUGUUUCCCACAAGUGGAGUCAGAGGUGCAACAACUCUGUGCAAAUCGCGUGCUUCGUUGCUGAUUUAGGUCACUGAUCCAAACCGACCAGUGGAAUUCGCCAUAAAAGGAUGCCCCAACCUGUUUAAAUGUAAUGUAGCCAAUGUUUACGAUGUAAACACUGAGCUGCAUAGCCAACGAGCUGAACUACGUACAUCAAAUGGUUUCAUCUUGUCACCCAGAACUGUUCCUAUUGCACUCUGUCAAUCUGUUUGCACCUUCCUGACCCUGUGACAAGUUCCAAUUCCAUUUGAGCAGACUUUUUUUGUUUUGUUUUGUUUGGUGUCUGAGGUUGAUUGGUUAAAUUUUAGCCACCCACUGGACACUGCCACAAUACCUAAAGUGUGCAUUGGUUUUGACGCCGAAUGGGUUUAUGGCCUGGACUUGGCAAAUUUUCAAGACACUUAAUGCCCCACUCUUGAACUGAGUGGGAAAACACCAGUUGAAUUGGUACUAGCCAUUACGCACCAAGUUCAGCGUAAGCAGUAGAAGCAUUCUGCAAUUCACUGUUUUUACUCGAUAAAAGCCAAGAGGACAUGUUUUUUUUGGUUUUUUUUUACGAGUGGUGGGAAGGCUGCAACUAAACAAUACACCAAGUUGUGCCACUUGGUUCAUAACUGAGUCAAACUUACCAUCUAACUUGUGCAUUUAGAAAGGAUGGGCAAAUUUAAUGCCCAAUCUUUAGCUGAAAAUCAUUUUAAAACGUCAGUGUUUUGAAAUCGCACGGAUAUCACGUCACUCACUCGUUGUUACCGAAUCUUGGUCUGUCAGUGAAUGAACUUGGUACCUAAUCACAGGGUGUGAAACUCGCACACCAGAUCGUCGGAAAACUUUCUCCGGCCUAUGUGACGAGGAGAGUUAAGCCAUAUCCAGGAUUAACACAUUUCGAGCAGGUGAUGGGUGGACCAAUUAGGGCGAUCCUGAGAAGAAGCGCUUUCGGUACGCGCAAUGAAUGUCAUGCUUCACGCAUAUCUAGUCAUAAUUUAUUUAAGGGGAACGACGUUCGUAUCAGACAAGAUCCUCAACUUUGGCAAAAUUACGCUAAUUAUUUUCCGUAGUUGUGUUCAAUGAAAAAACUCGCGCAAGGAAGUGAGGUCCAACUGUGCCCAUUACGUAUGAACUGUGUGUGCCACCGUGUACGCAGUAUCCUUGGUCGCUCAUACUCAGUGUGAACUCCCAAUUAGGCAUUCUAGUAUUGCUCAGUAUCGAAAUGCUUCAAAGAGUUACAAAUGGCAUUGUAUAGCUGUGUCGAUGACGGCAACAUGGUCGCAUACCUGCUCAUCUCGGAAGUCAAAUGUGGUGCUACGCCAGGGUGGACGGAUGGAUACUUAAGGCAAAACUCUUUAAUUCGGGCGGUGGCUUGCGCUACCUAGCCAGAGUUUAAAUCAGGAACUUGCGCUUCCUGCAAAAUGCUCACUCGCGCAAGGAAGCUUUCUUAAACCACACGCUCGCGUCCAUACUUUCCGUAGCACUGCAGAGAACUGUUUAUAUGGACUCUCCGUUCUAUGCAUUACGUCGACACUGUUGUGUGACGUUGUCAAGUCUAGCAUAGUUUUCGCAGCACUAUCAACACUACUUGUGCGAGCGCAAGCAAACGAGCUGCAAGGUGAAGCCACGUGCUCGCGCGUUGUGCAGGUCUGGAAUGCUGUUGAAACUAGCCUAGCCUUGAUAACUUGGCACAAAAAAGCCGACGCCGUGCAUAGAGACCGCUGGUCGCUUAGCUUAGUGCGUACAUUCAUUUCCACGGCACAGAGUAUGCUUCAUCAUGCCCGUAAUGGAGGGAGCUUUCAUCAUCAAUCACCAAUUCGUUAUCUUGGCUAGUUGCUUUCAAGCUACGAGCCUAAAGUACAGAGUCUUAGUAUACUCCUCUUUCGUGUCAGCUAGAGCCACAACAUAAGCUACGCCUCCUCUCGGAGUAACGACGACCCUUCAGCCAUCUUGGCGCAUAAAAGCAUUGUCGCCAGUAUUCCGAGGCUUUGCCUGAAAUCGCAGGAAACGGAUUCCCGUCCUCCAGGAACGUCGAAACGGUCCGUAACAGGGCAACAAAAUAUCUCGCGAGCUUCCUGACACAGCUCAGCAAGUCGCAUUUUAGAAUCUGCGAUCGCCACUAGCGGCCGCUUUGCGUAAAAUGACAUAACAACAAUGCCCCCCCCCCCCCACAAAAAAAAGAAGAUUGCAGACUUGAGUGCUGAUACUCUAAGCGUAACUUAUUUGGUGACUCUAGUGUUGGCAAGCCAUGUCAAUGAAGUCCCUUGGCUACAGUGCAAGAUUCCUUAAAAAAGCGCGACGCCACAAUUUUUUUUUUAUUGCACUACAACGUUAUUUCAUGGCCCAUCUGCAAGCUGCAUGCUCAAGGGCACACACCAGAAGCUAGAGAUGCACAAGCGUUUUAUAAUCAAGCGGGCAAAACAGGCUUUCGAAGCAUUCGCAGUACAUACACACGUGACCACAAACUGCCAUUCAUAGGACUAAACGUGUUCACUCGGCUAAUCUCGUUCGUUUUUGUUCUCUCGUCAUUUUGGGCCUUUAAUUAUGUUUCAUUUUCUGUGACCAUGUAAAUUAGAUUUAACGUGUUUGGCGACGGUAACUUGCAAAACAAAUUAGGUUUGCCGACGGCAAGCUAGUCGUUACUGAAGUCACCGACAGCUUAUGAAGCGUAGGGCGUGUCAUGAACUACCAUGUUCGUGCGGCUUGCUUUGCGAUUGGUUCUUUGCCGUCCUUAUCGGCAAAUGCAGCAGUCUCAUUGGCUGCCAUACGAUAACGAGACGCUCGGGAGUCGUCACGCCCUGCGUUUCUUAAGCUCUCGGCGAGUAUAAUGCGGUGGUGAUGCCAAGGAACGACCUCACUUGAAAGAGAACAAAGGCUGUUGUUUGUUGUUGUCGUCCUUGGGUUGUUGGUGCGUCAUGUGACGCAUCCCUUUUUUUCUCUCUCUUUCCAUCCCCCCCGUUCGUUUUUUGGGUGUUACUUCAAACUGUGGUGUAAACUAAAUCCACGGAUAAAAAAAAAAAGAUAUUGAACACUGUCAAACUGCCUUACACCGUCACCGUCGUACGUCGCGCACCUUGCACAAUUUCUACGAACUGUAGAAACCCAGACGUGUCGGUGUUUUCUACACGACACAGACGGUUCAAACCGUCUGCCAUUUUCAAAUCUGCUUGUUCCUCGUUUGUGUCUGGCACUUUUUUUUUCAUUGAUUAUAGGCAUUGUUAAGCCUAGGACUGGGUCGGCGGCGGACGCUUUUCAAAAGUGCACGCCGUCUGGUGGCUGCUGUGCCAAUCAUCAGAGUCUGCCAUUGUUUGGGCACGCACUGUGAGCACACUCUGCUAAAUAUUUCGCCUUCCCUGGCUUUCCCCUUUCCCCCAAGAUAAACAAACAAUCUAUUCUGAGCACGUAUUGUAGGACACGAGGGCUCCGUCGGUGUUCGACGUGAAUGCAGCUUGGCUUGCGUCGAGGACGAGUGGUGCGGCGAGGACUUGGAUGCAGUCACACACUCCGUGUUCAAGAAAUGGCGACCGCCAAUGUUGCUCGACGGGGUUUUGAAAAGGGUCCGACGCCGACGAAAGAUGGAGCUUGUUUAAAAUAUAUCGAGCACUCGAUGACUGUUAUACUGUCGUGAUCGACCUUGCACCGUUCGUGUCAACCGCUGUGCUCUCGAUUGGUGUCAUUGUCGGUAUUGGACGUGAUCACGUGGGCAAGCAAUGGUCAUACGCCGGCCUUUUGCAGACCGUUUGCGGCGUUUCACUUUUGUCGACGUGUUAUAUAUCUAUACGUGCGUUUCAAACGCUUUGUACUUUUAUUGUGGCAUGCCUCGUCGUUGUAUACAACUCUACAAUAAAUAUCUUUUUUUUUUUCUUCA